UCUUAUACUAAUUUGACUAACGUUGUAGAUUGAGCAUGCGAAAACUAUGCGUAUAACUAAUCGAGAAAUUAAUUAUGUAUUUGUUCAGUUUUAUUAAUGAAUAUAUUGUUCAAUAUAAUAUAUUAAACGUUGAGAAGUUAAACCAUUGUGCCUAAUGUAUGCAUUAGUGAUCGUGUGUGACGUUUCAUUUAAUUAUAAGGCUUUAAUGUCUUGUUUAAUGAACAAACGUGUAUACCAACUACAGACUAGUUUCAUUUCAAAUCUUUACCCUGUAUCUUCUAUGAAAUCAAGUUAAAUGUAAUCGUGAGUAAAAUUUUUUUCAUAUAAGUAUCGCUAGUAUAAUGGCGACACCCACGAAUGGUAAUGGUAACCUUAUAGAUGAAUUCGAAGAAGCAUUCCAGCAAUGUUUGAGUAUAUUAACAGAAAAGGACGAAGGAUUAGGAAACAAUGGGAUCGGAAUAUCUGGUGGUUUGACUGUGGAUAAGGAGGAAGCUCGAAGCGAAGUUGAACAAGUCACAUUAAGAUUCAUAGAUUUGGCAAGACAAAUGGAAGCGUUUUUUCUGCAAAAGAGAUUUUUAUUAUCUGCCUUGAAGCCAGAGCUGGUAGCGAAAGAAGAUCUUCAUGAUCUUAGAAUAGAAUUAGCACGUAAAGAUGAUCUUAUAAAAAGACAUUAUGAUAAGAUUGCUGUAUGGCAGAAUUUGUUAGCAGAUUUGCAAGGCUGGGCCAAAUCACCAGUCCAGGGCCCAGCACCUAAUGGUUUACCAAACGGUACACAAAGCGGGCAAAAUCAACAAACUACUAAUGGAGGAGGGAAUGCAACAAUGCAACAGCAGCAACAGAUAUUGCAACAUCAACAACAACUCCAACAGCAACAGCAAUUGCAACAUCAAAUGCAACACCAAAUGCAACACCAAAUGCAGCAACAACAGCUUCAUCAGCAACAGGUGCAGCAAGGCUCGGGUGCUCCUCCAACAUCUGGCCUUCAAGGAGUUGGAGUCUCGGUUGGACAACAGGGCAUGUUCAUGGCACAAGGAGGUGUAGGUGUAGCUGGCGCAAGAGCUGGAUUCCCUGUUGGAGGUGUAGGAAGUAGUGCUCUUCAGGGUCCGUUAGCUUUCCUGGAGAAGACAACGAGCAAUAUAGGAAUGCCAGAAAAGCGGAGUUGACGCGGACGGGGGAGGGGCCGGGGUCGGGGUCGAGGAAGAGGCAGAGGAAAAGGACGAAGCGCAGGAGGAAGUUUACCUCCGCCUCCACCGCUCCUCGACACUUCGGACCCGUCGUCGUAUGCUGCUGCUGCCGCAGUCGCAGCUGCUGCGGCAGCGCCCCUUCCCUCUCCACAGCAGCAGCCUCCACCGUCUUGUACAUGAACGAAUAUUUGCAGGAAAUCAUUUGUACUGUGAAAUACUGUUCCUACGCCUGAAACCAUUGUGACCGCAGACUUUCGUUUCGUUUGAAUUUAUGCUAGGAAGCACUAAUGAAGGUAUCUCUGCGUUGAAAACUUCUCUGCGUCUCCCAUUAUUCUCAAACUGUUCAUGGUGUCUAGCUCGAAGAUGUUUGUCGGUGGAUGAAAUCUUUCAUUUAUUUUGUUUAGCUAAGUUUUUAUUUAUUUCAAAUGACUUCUCGCCAACGGUUUUGCUUAUUUUACUCUUUAUUUAUGCUCAAGCGAUUAGCAACCUUUGGUAUUUUUUUAAUUAGUAAAGUUCAAAUGCAAUUUUACUUACAAUGGUUCUUUUAGAGGCUCAUCCCUUUCGACUUAGAGAUGCCGAUAUCAGUACUGUUCAGCAUUGGAAGCAUUAACGCGAGCUUCGUUAACUUAAUUUUAAGAUUUUGUUGCAAUCGUUUUGUGACGAACGUGCGCGAGGAAGCGUGACGAAAGAGAUAUGUACUAUUAAUUGUACCGGAGAAUUGAAAUUUUCAUUAGGAAGAUAUUAGUUACAUAGUAGCAAUUUUAUUGGAUUGUUUAAAUAUAAAUACGAAUGUAAAAUAUCGUUAUGAACAUUUUUCUUGUUUAUAAUUGCUGUAAUUAUUUAUUUAAAUAUACUUUGCAUUAGUUUCCGCAAUGCAGUAACUCGUAAGACUAUGUAAAAUACGAUGUGCCCGUGGUACGGAUUAACCGGUAAGAUUCUUUUUAAGAGAAUUAGCACUGUACAUAACAAAAUUGCGUGGUGAAAAGAAAAAAAAACAAAUAGUAACAUAAAUUUUCACAUGUACAUAGAAUUAGAGACACGAUUUUCCAUACAAUAAAUCUUGUAUUUUAUUAUAUUAAGUUCGAAUAAUUGUUAGUACUUUUACAAGUCGUAUGUAACGUUUACACAAUGUUGAUCAAACCUAUCGGAUGUAUUUCAGAUACGAGAAGAAUAAAAUAAAAAUUGCCCAAAUAACGACAUACCUCCCAUAAUCGUCUGUUAAAUAAUUAUCUUUUUUAUACAAACUUGGAACAUCUCCUGCGUCAUAUUGUACAAAAGUAUUCGUAUUACUAUUGUAUGCCUCUUUAUUAUUUAAUGUUCGUAUAAUGCGGUCGUCAAUGUUCGGUAACAUUGGUCUCGCGAUCAUCGUUCAUCGUAUUUAACUUACAUAAUAUAAACAAAAAUUACUGCUCAAAGAAGGUUAUGAAUUCAUUACAAGUUGUACUAAAUACUGUUAUACCAUAAAGUAAUAUAAUUCUGUACAAAAAAGUAAUUAUUACAAAUUUUGUAUCU